AUGCAGCUCGGAUAUCGCAGCCUCGCCGAGACCAACGAGGUCGUUCUGCAGGCGAUCUUGCCGCUGCUCAUGUCUGUUGGCUUGGUCAAGGAGCUGAAGGUUGGCUGCCGCCAGGGGCGCUGCAUCUGGAUGGCUCAGCGCACGAGGGAGAGAGGCGUGCUGAACGAACCCUUCGUGGACAUCAAUGGAGGUGACUUGGCCGCCUGGCUGCACUUGCUCAAGUACGCGGUACCUCCAGUGACUGCCGUUGCCUACAGCUCGCACGUGAUCAAGGGGCUCACGGAGAACUGGCCAGCAAGGACCACUGCUGAUGGGUUUGCUUGGGCCGACCUGCGGAAGCAAGUUUGGCACCUGGUGGAGGCGUUCGGAGGUCUUGGUCCUGACGGGCUCACGGUGGUCAAGAUUGCGUCGCAUGUGCCCAAGAAGAACCUGCAGGAGUGCGGCAUCAGCUACAGGGACUGGCUCGGCAACAAGUUCGCGGACACAGCAGCGAAGAGCGCAGCGGUAUCCUGCCGAACCCGCGGAGUUGACCGCAUUCGCUUUCGGGGCGCUCAUCAACUCGUCGAGGGAGUUGCGAUGUGGGUUGCUGCAGUUGGCGCCAUGGCGGGGUGGCCUGAGAGGAACUCGGAGUGUUCUGGUGACAUCGCGUCGGCAGCGUUGGCCCUCAACCUCAAGCUGUGUAAGCCGCGCAUGCUGGUGAAGCUGGCGCCUGUUAGUGGCGCGGAGCUCACGAAGCCGCCCGCCGCGAAGGGCGACUUCGGGUUCGCGAAGCGGGACUUCGUCACGGGCAGCGGCGAGGGCUGCGCCCUCCUGGCGGCUGGCAGCGGCGUGAGCUGCGCCGGCCGGCCCUUCCUAGCCCAGCACGCCGCCGAAGAAGAAGAGGAAGCGUGGCUCAAGGAUCUAGUGGACACUCGGCUUCUGGCGAAGCCGAAGGCGUUCGGAGGCAGCGAGGACGAGUGGCCGGGAUGGAGCUUCAAGAUGCUCGCGUACCUCGGGGCCCUCGACGAGAUGAUGGCCAACGAGCUGACGGCGGCUAUGACGUUCCCGCUGGAGGAGGUGAGGAACGCGAGGCUCCUGGAGGAAGGAGCGAGCCAGCGCAGUCGUCAGUUGUACUUCAUCCUCGUCCUGCUGCUGGAAGGAGCUGCACUCCAGCUGAUCAAGCCGGUCGGCGUCGGAGAAGGGUAUCGGGCGUGGAGGACACUACAAGACAUGUACGAGCCCGACAGACCCGGUCGCCACGCAGGACUGCUGCAGGAGCUGAUUGCGUUCCAGUUCCCGGAGGACAACAUCGUGGGGACGCUGGCGGACUUCGACUUCAAGGUCACGAAGUACGAGAGUCAGAGCCACGAGAGGAUCGGGGACAGGAUCAAGAUGGCGAUCCUUCAACGGGGGAUUCAGGACGAAGCUCUUCGAGCGCACCUGGUCCACAACGCGUCGAGGCUGGUCACGUGGGAGCUCAUGCGCAACGAGGUGCACAUGGUGAUCUCGACGAGGAGCGCCAUCUCAUCAGUGCCGCCGCCGGUCCCGAUGGACACGAGCGCCGUGGAGAAGGCGAGGCGCGAGCGCGACAAGGGCAAAGGAAAGAAGGGCAAGGAAGGCAAAGGCAAGAAGGGCAAGGGCGGCGACAACUCCACGGACCAGAGGGGCCAGGCGGCCAAGGACAGGGCCGAGAAACGGUGCUUCCACUGCCACAAGACCGGUCACAUCAAGAGCGAGUGCAGGAAGUUCCUCGCAGAGCAGAAGAAGAAGAAGGGCACCAACGCGGUCGAGCAGGAGUCGAAGCCGACGGGAGCUCCGCCAGCGGCGAGCGCCGCGGGGAGCGCGGCGCCGGUGAUGGCGAUCGCGACCGAGGGCGGGGCAGAGCCGCUUUGGUGCCUCGCGAUCGAGCUGGAGGAAGGGCAGGAGUCGUCGUCGACUGGAGCAGCAGCGACGCCCUUAGCACCAGCGACGACAGCGAUCCACCUUCGUUCGAGCGAGCCGUCAUCAGGCACAGCGCAGCCGAGGCAGCCAUUCUUGGUCGGUGCCAGCCCGAUCGAGCAGCUGAGCCAGCCAGGGGCAGCAAACGAGCACGAGACGUUCGAGAGCAAGGAGAUCAUCGGUAUCAAUGAGCACUGGGUCAUGGUGGAUUCGGGUGCUGCGCGAUCGGUGUGUCCGCCGAGUCACGGGGCCCACGAGGCACUCAGAGGCCUGAGCGAGCGCAUCCGGCUGGUCGGAGCGAGCGGCGACGACAUCCCGUGCCACGGCGAGCGCUUCGUCACGUACACGAAGGACGGGCACAAGAUCGGGGUGGACUACAAGGUCGCCGACGUCAAGAGGCCGGUGCUGGGCGUGUCGCAGGCGGUCGACAAGGGCACGUCGUGGGUAUUCACGCCGAGCGGGAGCUACAUGAUCCCGAAGCCGAUCGAGUUCUCGGACCCGGACGCCGUGCCGCUGGUCAGGCGCAACGACUUGUUCUACCUCAAGAUGGACAAGUACGGUGAAGGCGUCAAGAACUCGCUCGUCAUGCCGGUGCGGGGCGAGGAGCCGGGAGGCGAGGCCGGCGGCGCAUCAGCUGCGUCCAGGGCAGCGGCGAGAGCCGCGCUCCAGGGCGGCGGCGGAGGAGCUGCCGCGACUCACGCUCAGGCCGAGGCGAGCGAGCCGGCAGCGCAGGCAGUGCUCGAGGAGUCCGUGCCGGUUCGAGUCAAGAAGGAUCCGGUGAAGCCAAGCCUGGCCGAGCAGAGGACGCACGAGCUGGUGCACAUUCCGGCGAGGUCCUGGUGCUGGGUGUGCGUCAGAUCCAAGUUCACGGACGACCCGCACUACAAGGCCGGGCACGAGCGCACGGGCGACGAGGUCCAGAUCGACUAUUACUUCCUGGGCCAGCUGAGCAUCCUCAACAUGGUGCACAUGAACUCCCAAGCUAUUCAUGGCAUCAUGGGGCCGAAGGGUACCGACGCCUACAUGGUCAAGACAGCGGUCGCCACCAUCGAGAACUGGGGGCUGGAUCGCAUCGUGCUGAAGCACGACCAGGAGGCGUCGAUCACGGCCCUGGCGAGGGAGAUCAAGGCUCAGCGGAAGGCGCCCACGAUGGUCGAGUCAGCUCAGCGGGCUAACCAUCAGGGAGUCGGUGGAGUGGAGCGCGCCAACGAGGAGCUCGGCAAGCAGAUCAGGGCGCUGCUGUUCUCGGUGGGCGACAACUACAAGCGGGAGCUCCCAGCCGAUCAUGGGCUUCUACCUUGGCUCAUUCGGCACGCUGGCUGGCAGCUCAACCGCUUCACGGUGCACGGCAACGGCAAGACGACCUACGAGGUGCUCAAGGGGAGGCCAUAUCGGGGCGAGCUCGUCAACUUCGCGGAGUGCGUCUGGGCGAGGGACCCCACGCCGACCUCCAAGCUGCAGCCUCGGUGGCACGCGGCGGUGUGGCUGGGCAAGACAGAGGUUUCGGACGAGCACCUGGUGGCGGGUCCAACGCGCACGACGAGGGUGCGCACGGUGAGACGGCGACCGGAGGGCGAGCGGUUCGUGCUGGAGGAGCUGGACAAGUUCGCUGGGGUGCCGUGGGACAUGCGCCGGGCUCCACAGAUCGGCAUCGUGCCGGCGGGAGCGCCCCAGGUGGAGCCGAAUCAGCAGCGGCUGAUGCCGCCACCUCCGCCACCGCCAGUGGUCUUACCGGCUGCGGGCCCGGAGGCGCUGGUGCCACCAGCGAUGGUCGGGCCGGCGCCGCCCGCGGGGCCAGGAGGCGCAGGGCUGAGGUCGACGUACAUCACGAGGGCGUUGAUCGACAAGUACGGCUGGACCCCCAUGUGCCCGAGGUGCGUCACAGGCAUGGGAUCGCACAGUGAGGAGUGCCGGAAGAGGAUCGAGAACGAGCUGCGCAAGGAGGAGAUGGCCAGGGCAGCGGCGGGGGCCGCGCCCUCGUCGGCAGCGGCGGGAGCUGCGCCGACGCCGGCGGCGGCUGGGGCCGCGCCGGAGCCAGCGGCUGGAGCUGGAGACGGCAGGCCAGGAUCGUCCGGGGACGCCAGCAUGGCACCUCGCGAUGACCAGGGCGAGGCGGCGGCGAAGAGGCCGCGCCAGACAGCGGCGAUCACAGUCGGGUCGCUCGCGGUCGGGGCCUUCGUGGAGAUCAAUCCCUACACGUACGAGGGCCUGGACCAGCAGUCCCACGAGGAGCUCGAGACGGUCACGGAAAUCGAGAGCUGCGAGCCGCUGGAGAUCGGGAUGUUCGAGGUCAGCCCCGUCGAGCCGGCGGCGAUCACGGUCCUGCCAGACACGGAGAAGCACGUGUACGACGCGAGGAGCGGGAAGGAGCUCCCCAGGGACCUGGUCAGGCGCGGGCGCGAGGCCGAGAUCGAGGAGAUGCGGCGACACGGCGUCUUCGAGGAGGUCCGCGUGGCUGAGAGCCGGGGCAAGGUGGUGCGUUUCAAGUGGGUCGAGGACCUGCGCACCAAGGACGGCACCUCCUUCGUCCGGUCCCGAGGCGUCGCCAUGGAGAUCAACACGUACGGCCGAGAGGACUGCAACGCGGGCACGCCGCCGAUCGCCAUCGUCAGGGCGAUCGUCUCCUUGGCGGCGACGAAGAAGGGUCGGAGGCAUCUCUCGGUGCAUGACGUGCACGUGGCGUUCUUCCACGCCGACCUCGACGAGUGGAUCGUCGUCAUCCCGCCUCCAGGACUUAGGAGAGACGGGUACGUGUGGCAGCUCCGGAAGGCCAUGUACGGCACGCGCAAGGCGGCACAGGCUUGGCAGGAGUACGUGGCCGGGGUGUUCAAGAAGAACAACUGGACGCGCAUCGCGGUGGCGGCGGGCGUGUACCACGAGUCUCUCUUGGACAUGACCUCGGCGAUCCACGGUGACGACAUCCUGACCGAGGGCGAGGAGGAGUCCCUGGAUGUCCUGGACCAGCAGCUGAUGGCGAGCAUGGACGUCAAGUGCAUCGGUCGUGUCGGGCCGGAUGGCGUUCGCGAGCUCCCAUACCUCAAGCGCAAGAUCAGGUGGACGGGCAAGGGGUUCGUCUGGAUCGGCGACACGAAGCACGUGACGAGGUGCGUGGAGCUGCUGGGCCUUACGGAGUGCAAGCCGGCGGACACGCCUGGGAGCAAGGCCACGGGCAAGAGCGUCCGGGAGGCGCUGGAUCCACUUCCACACGACGAGGCGAAGCUCUACCAGCAGGUCGCGGGGCUCGUCAACUACGUGGCGGUAGACAGGCCGGACAUCCAGUUCGCGGCGAAGGUGAUCCUCACGGACAUGGGGAAGCCCACAGUCAUCAGCAUGCUCCGGCUGAGGCGGUGCGUGCGGUAUCUCCACGGUCGGCGCGAGCUCGGGUGGUUCUACGAGGAGCAGGAGAUGCCCAAGGCGGUUCUCUACGAGACGGACUCGGACUGGGCAGAGGAUGAGAUCACGAGGAAAUCGACCAGCUCCGUGUACGGCUUCUUCGGCAGCCACCUUCUGGAGACCCAGGUGGCAUCGCAGCCCGUCGUCGCGCUCAGCAGCGGGGAGGCCGAGUUCUACGCCAUCGGCCGAGGCGCGGCGAGUGCGAUCAUGAUGCGGCAGUUCUACCAGCAGUGUGGCAUCGAGGUCGCGUCGAAGGUUCACAGCGACUCGAAUGCAGGCAGGGCGAUCGCGACGCGGAUCGGCAGUGGCAAGGUACGGCAUCUACAGAUACGAGAUCUGUGGGUGCAGGAACGAGUCAGGCUCGGCGAGUUGCAGCUCGGGCGAGUCGACACGGAGAGCAACAGGAGCGACUUGGGGACCAAGCAUCUGGACGGCAAGCGGGUGCUCAAGUUGCUGGAGAUGUCCAACCUGCGGCUUCUGACCAAGGGGCUCGCCGCAGGCUUGGGCGUCACUUUCACGGAGGCGGCCGAGCACGGGGACAAGCAGUGCUCCGCGGCCGCUGACGAGGAGGUCGAGUCGAACAUCGGCUCGAUCGGUCCCGCCAUGAUCGUGUUCAUCAUCGUGCUGGUGCUCGCGGUCAAGGGCGCAGUUGAGUGCACGAGAGGGGCGGUGCAGCUCUUCUCAUCUAGGGCGGCGGGUGCUGCCCCACCAGCGGGAGCGGCGAGGGCUGCCCCGCAGGCCGACGGCACGGCGAGGCCCGAGGCGGCGUCGAAGGACGCGCCUGAGGGGCAUGUCGUUUCUCGGGCAGCGGCGAUAGCUGCGCCUGAGCGGGUCGCCGAAGGGCGAAACCUCGGUUCGGAGUACUUCGGGAAGAUGCUGGCUGAGGCCACCGUGGCAGAGCUCAAGGAGGAGCUCAGGUGGCGGAAGCUGCCGGUGAGCGGCUUGAAGGCGGACCUCAUCGUUCGUCUGACGAGGGACGGCGGCCAGCACAUGGCCAGCAGUGAGGGGCUGGCUGCAGCGGCGUGGGCCGCGCGGCUGGUUCCAGGCAGGGUGCCUAUCCGGGCGUUUCGCUCGGAUGCGAGCUUGAGCUCGCACCUAGGUGCGGCGCGCAGCCGCCUCGGCGCGGGCCUCGCGCGGUGGUGGGGCCUCGCGCGCGGCCGCCUCGCCCUCGGCGCCGCGCCGGACAUGAAGCACUUGCAGGGCAGACCACAGCAUCGUGUGGAGCGGCGCGAGAAGUAUUGGCAGAAGGUGUCCCAUGUGGAUGUGCGACUCAUGGACGCGUCGCGGCAUCCUGCCCGAGCCGUGCGCCGUUACGAGCAGUGCGUGUUCGUGGCGCUGUACCUGUUCUCUCUGACAACGCGCUCCAUUGUGUGCACGUAUCGUCUUGCCACUUUCGUGGCGGGCUGCGCGUCCGAGCCACUGAUGCGUUGGAUGGUCGCCGAGGGAGUGCACCGUGCUGCGGAGUUUCAUCACUACGUCCUUGUGUGCCCAGUGGCAGGUCAAGUCCAGGCUCUGGGUAACGAGGCCGACAAGUUCUGCGGGCGAACGGGACCUCUUGUCGCUAACACGCGCUACUGGACCAGAUUCGUGGCCAUGCUCACCUUCUCUUCCGAUCCUAAGCUGGUGUUCAAGGCGCUCGCCUGCGCCGCCUUCGCCUGGACCUGCAUCGGCGGCUCGGGCUCGCUCGCCGGGUUCCUCGCCCCGACUGGCAGCGGCCCGCUGCCGCCCGCGCCCCGGCCAGCGUACCGUAGGCAGCUGGCGACCGGCCGCGACGGCCGAGAGCCCGCCGUCGCCAUGCGCGCGAACUCGGCCGAGCCCUCUGCUCCGACGAGUAACCCCAAGGUUCGGAGGAUGCAGUUCGGCAAGUUCUACAGCCCCCAAGGGCGUCAGGUUAGGGUCCGGGUGAACCGUCACACGAACAAGCCGAUCCUCUACAGGAUGCACGUUCAGGAGGGCGACUUCGUCCAGGUGCAGAAGGGCAAGGACGCGGGUAAGGUCACCCAGGUCAUACGGGUCUACAGGAAGUGGAACAAGGUGCUGUGCCUGGGCGUCAACUUUGUGAUCAAGCACGUGCGGCCGCAGCGCGAGGACGAAGUGGGCUCUCGCGUGCAGGUGGAACAUCCUCUUCACGCCUCGAACCUCUUGCAGUACGACAAAGAAGAGGGGGUCGCGGGCUACCUGGGCAUCCGCUGGGUGCCACAGAAGGUCAGCGAGGGCGGGGAUAUGAUCUACUACCCGGAGAGGUAUAACAAGGCCACGGGCAACGCCAUCCCGAACCGUGUCCCGCCCAAGUGGACGCCCGUGCUCGAGCGGGGCGAGGAGGAGGACGACGAAUGA